AUGGCAAAGACAAGAAGAACUAACCUUGAAAACCACCAGUCCGAAGAUGAGCACCCGUCCAGGGCAGACAAUGCCGAGACGGUAGAGGAGACAAACUUGACCGAGAUGGUGCGCCAAAUGAAGGAAGACAUGGCCGCCAUGAAACAGCAAAGGAAGAGAGAUGCUGCCGGGAUGGCUGCAUUGCGAGAGGAGAAUGUUGCCCUUAAAAAUCAGUACCGGGAUCCCACAUGGAAACCCUCUGAGACGACCCACACUCAGGGGUCGUUCCAUUCGCACGGCCAUCACACCUCUAUCCCUCACACUUCUGUCGCUGCCCCAGGUGUACAUGCUUCGUCCUUGCCACUCGACAAGUACGAUGGUACCACCGACCCAGACGAGCACGUGGAUGUGUUUUUAACGCAGGUUACUCUGAGCACCACUGACGACGCUGCCUUGUGCCGAAUCUUCCCAACAUCAUUAAAAGGGCGAGCGCUGAGCUGGUUUACUCGGCUUCCUGCUAAUUCGAUUGAUUCAUUCAGUACGUUAGCUUCCCAAUUCACCAUUCAAUUCGCUACAAGCCGACCGCACCAGUUGACCUCUUUGGCGCUAGUUAGCAUCCGUCAGGAGAAGAAGGAAUCCCUUCGGGCGUUCAAGAGCCGAUUCAACAAAGCGACAUUGGAAAUCCGAGACCUUAACCCGGCUGUCGCCCUGCAUCACCUGACCACUGCCUUAAAGCCAGGUCCCUUUGCCAACAACAUCUGCAAGAAGCCACCAACCGACAUGGAUGACCUCCGGCGACGAGCCGAUAAAUACAUGCAGAUGGAGGAAUUAGCAGAGUUCCGCAACCAAGCUAGGGCAGAAGUAGCGGCUAAGCCUAAAAAGCCAGCUGAAAACAAUUUUCGAAGCCGUCUGAAAGAACUGGUACCCCGCGAGAGACCCCCUCAUGGCCCGAAGUAUUCCCAAUACACACCACUGAACACCAGCCGGUCAGCAAUACUAGAACAAGCACUUGCUUCAGAAGUACUGGCCGUUCCAAAACGAGCGUCGACCCCUCCCCGGGCUGAUACAAACAAAUCUUGCAGGUAUCACCGCAAUCGCGGACAUUCAACUGACGACUGUUCGGCCCUGAAGGAUAAAAUUAAAGAUUUAAUCAAGUAG